CCCGGUUUCCGCGCGCCUCUCUGGCAGCGGGUCACAUGGUGAGGGUGGGGGUGAGGGGGCCUCUCUAGCUCGCGGCCCGUGUCUAUGGUCGGGCCCGUAGCGUCCAGCUGCCCGGGACCGAUCCCCGGUGUAUGGCGCCGCAGGCACCGGCUCCCGGCCCCAGAUAAAGGGCCACCUCCGCAGCUCCCGGCCGGCCGUGAGGCGAUCUCCUGCUCCCAGCAUGAUGGCUACCUCGCGAUAUGAACCCGUGGCUGAAAUCGGCGUCGGAGCCUACGGGACGGUGUACAAGGCCCGAGAUCCCCACAGCGGCCACUUCGUGGCCCUCAAGAGUGUGAGAGUUCCUAACGGAGGGGGAGCUGGAGGGGGCCUUCCCAUCAGCACUGUUCGCGAGGUGGCCUUACUGAGGAGGUUGGAGGCCUUUGAACAUCCCAAUGUUGUACGGCUGAUGGAUGUCUGUGCUACUUCCCGAACUGACCGAGACAUCAAGGUGACCCUGGUGUUUGAGCACAUAGACCAGGACCUGAGGACGUACUUGGACAAGGCACCCCCACCGGGAUUGCCUGUUGAGACCAUCAAGGAUCUGAUGCGGCAGUUUCUAAGCGGCCUCGAUUUUCUUCACGCCAACUGCAUUGUCCACCGAGACCUGAAACCGGAGAACAUUCUGGUGACCAGUAACGGCACAGUCAAGCUGGCUGACUUUGGCCUCGCCCGAAUCUACAGCUACCAGAUGGCCCUGACACCUGUGGUUGUUACGCUCUGGUACCGGGCUCCUGAGGUUCUUCUCCAGUCUACCUAUGCAACGCCCGUGGACAUGUGGAGCGUGGGCUGUAUUUUUGCAGAGAUGUUUCGUCGAAAGCCCCUCUUCUGUGGGAACUCUGAAGCCGACCAGUUGGGCAAAAUCUUUGACCUCAUCGGCUUGCCUCCAGAAGACGACUGGCCUCGAGAGGUGUCUCUGCCUCGAGGGGCCUUUCCCCCCAGGGAGCCUCGGCCGGUGCAGUCGGUGGUGCCGGAGAUGGAGGAAUCUGGAGCGCAGCUGCUGCUGGAGAUGCUGACUUUUAACCCGCACAAGCGGAUCUCUGCCUUCCGAGCCCUGCAACACUCUUACCUACACAAGGAAGAGAGUGACCCAGAGUGAGAAGAGCGGCCGCCUUUCUUCGCCUCUGGACACGUGGAGUGGCCAACACCUCAACCUCUGCCUUCCUCUGGGGCCGUGGAGAGUCCUCCACUUUUUUACAGAGAAUAUUUUAAGCCUUAAUGACAUUCCCCCCUCCUCUUCGUGAGGCCUGCCCUCUUGCCCUCCCGUUUCUCUACACUAAAGGGUGGGUACCUGUCUCCUUCCCUCCCUCAUUUAUAUUGGGAUCUUUUUUAUACAGCAAAACAAGACAAAAGAAA